GAAAAUUAGCAUAGGGCAUUAAAAUAAACGUCGAUGUAGUGCUCCUGAGUUCACAUUGAUUUGUCAAGUUUGUGCUCAAGCUGAAUCAUGCCUGAACCAGCGAAGUCUGCGCCUAAGAAGGGCUCCAAGAAGGCCGUCACCAAGACCGCCGGUAAGGGAGGAAAGAAGCGCAAGAGGUCCAGGAAGGAGAGUUAUGCUAUCUACGUUUAUAAAGUCCUGAAGCAGGUUCAUCCUGACACCGGCAUCUCUUCCAAGGCGAUGGGCAUCAUGAACUCUUUCGUCAACGACAUCUUCGAGCGCAUCGCCGGUGAGUCGUCUCGUCUCGCUCACUACAACAAGCGCUCCACCAUCACUUCUAGAGAGAUCCAGACCGCCGUGCGUCUGCUGCUGCCCGGAGAGCUGGCCAAACACGCCGUGUCCGAGGGCACCAAGGCAGUGACCAAGUACACCAGCUCCAAGUAGAGAUUCAACCGAGACUAUCAGCGACCCAAAGGCUCUUUUAAGAGCCACCCAUAUUUUCAGUUAAAAGAGACUAUUUGUGUUUCGGUAAUUAUAAGUAGCUUAUGUUUGCCGGCCUUUAUUUUUGGGGGUUCGUAUGAGGAUUUUGAAAAUCUGGCUUUUAGUGAAUUAGAUCAAUCUGCAAAAAUAUGUUCUGCUACAAACAAGAGCUUAAUUAGGUUAGUAUAAUGUAAAAAGAAUGCUCCAACUUUGUGUGUAAAUAUAUAUUAGAUUUGCAUUGCUUAAAACGUCCAUAAAAUGAAAACGACUUUAGUUCUUGUAACUUGUUUUUUGCCUUUUGAGCUGCUUUUAUAAAAUAAGCUUUACAUGUUUGUGUUAUUUCAAAUAACAUAAUGAACUUUUUUUUUUUUUAAUUAUUAACCUUGAAAUGUUUAAUCAGUGAUGCAAAAUACUAUACCAAUUAUAAGCCUAUGUCUUGUUCCUGCAAAUAAUGAUUCUGUUUCAGUGAAAAACAACUAAAUAUUCCAAAGUAAUAAGUAUGAAAAUGAAGUGUAUAACUAAAAUACCUUCAGUGUUUUCAAAAGUUUGUUACAUUUAUUUGCAACUUACAAAUGAGUUACUGUACUAAUAGUUUAACUUAAAUUAGUAACAUUAAAAAAAUUAAUGUU